AAAGGGGCCGACAUGAACGAAGACGAGAUGACAGCGAUCGAGAUCCAAUUUGAAAAGUCAAAGACCCGUAUGGUUCCUUCGACAGCUUGUAUUUCACAAAAUGGACCACAAAAACGCCGUUCAGUAAUGUUUUGUUGCUUUGUUUUUUCCCAUGAACCCAUCCUCAAGCAACCUUUCAUCAGGACCCCAUAUUUGUAAGUCUCGAUUAAAUGACCAUGAAUUUAUUUUGCUUAAUGUUUAGCGUUUUUUUUCGAAAAAAAAAUAGGUCUGCGUAAGUUUGAAGUUAGUUUGAAAUCGCACUGUGUGUCAGUGUGUAGUAAGUAGUUGAACCGAAUAGCACCUCGUCUGAUAGCAAAUCCAAUCACUGGUAAGUACGACCCUCCAGCACCAGUACACACAUGGAGUAUGUAAACCUGAAGCAGGCCCCCCGCGUGGCGGGGGGGCACAUGUUGAAGCCGCAUCAGAAGCGAAUGGGGGUGUCCGACUCGCUGAAAACGAAUGCGAUGUGGGAAAAAAUCGGGUACGAUCCCUACGCGAACCCGGACCAUGACGCGAAGGCCAAGGAAAUCGCGGCCGCCCAGCCACGCGGCUACUCGUUGAAUUUAGAUUACGGACGGGGCAAGGGCGGCCUCAGCGGCGGGAGUCUGGCGGGGAAAAAAGGCGCACCAGGAGGCGCGGCCGGGGGGAAGGGCGCUGCGCCAGGUAUUGGGUGUAAUACUGUUUUUUCUACUUCGAUCAUGAGAACGAGAAUUAAGAAAUCUGCGACUUAGAAGCUCAUGACCGUGACGAGGGCGGAAGUCAUUGCUUCAUCUCGUCUUCAGCAGGUUCGACAUGGCUAUCAGAUUGAUGUAUCGACAGAUGAGUAGUUAUUGUUAUGUCCACUGUGCACAACGCGAAGCAUUGCCAUUUCCUACGUUUAUUUGUAAGACAUCUCAUCUUCAGAUUCCGGCAUGAAUGCGCGUGCCGCGCCCACCGAGAAGGCGACAGGGAUGGAAGAAGUGGUCAAGCUGGCCGGCCUGUCCGCCACGCGAACGCCCGGCGCCUGCACGGUUUGCGGGAUGGUCGGGCAUCUGCCGUUUCAGUGCCGAAACACGAUAAAGAUCGAGGACCCCAGCAUCAAGCAGAUGGCCCUGCAGAAGCAACUUGCAGCCAUGGAGGAAAACAUGUCCGAUGACCCCGAUAGUGACGAGGAGCAAAAUAACCAGGACAAGAUCUUCGGGCAGGAGCCAAUACGGAAGCCGACCGCCCUCCUCGGCACGAUAGUCCCCGGGCUGGGGAAGAGGAAGCGAGGCGGCGACAGCGAUUCGAAGAACAGCGACAGCGGCAAAAAGAAGAAAAAGAGGCGAAAGGAGAAGUCCAAAAAAAAGAAGAAAAAAGAAAAAAAGGCGGCAAAAAAGAAGGACGACAAAAAGAAAAAAAAGAAGAACAAAAAAAAGAAAGACAGCAGCAGCGAAAGUAGCUCCUCGUCCUCCGACUCAGACUCAGACUAAAAUUAUUAAAACUUCUUCUAGGUGGGCUGCACGGUUCUACUUCUGUAAUUGUUACAACCUCCUGUGUACAGGCGAGUGGUCAUCAAUCAUCUUGAACAAAGUUGAGUUUUUACAAGUAUGAAGCUUUUUUUGGUUCAAAGACAACUUGAAGCAGAAACCUUGUAGUUUGUGGUCUCCCUGUGAUGCCACGUGACCACGACCACGUCGUGCGCACGAGCCACGCUAAGACCUUCAAAGAACAAACUCCAUGAAGAAAAUUCAUAGCGGCGACAGCGACAAAAAAGUAAAAAACCGAUGAUAUAAGUAAGUAAUUGCGGCUUGUCAGCAUCAAGUGGCCUGCAGUUUUGUCCGUAAG